GAAACAGAAACUUCCUCGGCGUACCAUCAGCUUCAACAGCAACUUGCGACACUUGACUAUAAUGAAACAUUUACUUCCGAAUCAAUUUUAUUUAUUCAAAAACUUCUCGAAGAUUUAGUUAUCACUGCAGAGAAUUGUCAAUUAUUAAAAUCAGAAUAUCAAAAGGUUGAAAGAGAAAAAUGGGAGAUACAGUGCCAGGCCGAACCCCUUCGACGUACACUUGUCGCUCUCACCAAGGAAAAUAAUCAACUUCAUAUUGACUUAAUUCACGCGGCUGACAUUCAUGAUAAAGAAGAUGUGAAAACCAAGAACAUUCUUCGAAAGUACGAGAGAGAAAUCUCCGAGUUGAAAUUUUUAAAUUCGCAGUAUAAACUUCGAGUUCAACAACUAGAAUCAAAAUUUGAAAGCGAAAGAAAAAAAAUCGAGGAAUUGUUGAAUUUUUAUGAGGAGAUUUGCAUUGCAGUAGGAAAAGAUACUGGAGAAAAUGUAUUAGAACCCGUUCUUGAAUACCUUGGUUUAGAAGAACCUUUAG